ACAGCGUCGCGACGUUGACCUCGCUGGAUGUUAUCAUCACCAAUCUACUCGCCCUCGGCCCGUCUUAUCGAACUACAUAAACAUUACAGGACAGGCUGCUUGCGUAGCUUCGUGCUGCAUUCACCGGCUAGUUGUAGAAAGAAAAAUCGAUAUUCUGGUGCCAAACUGUGAUUAAAAAUUCUAUGUGAUUUACAUACUCCAACAUGAUUCCAAGGUGGUGGCUCGUGGCCCUGUUCUACGUUUUUGCUCCGGCAACCACAGCUUCCGUUCCAGGGCUCCAACAAGUGUGCAGCUGGUACGAUUUCUUCCUCGGCAUCCACAGGUGUUACCAUUCGCUGAAGACGAAUGUUAACGAGCCCCCGUCACCAACUAACAUCUACAUCCUGUACGACGUAAACCCGUCCGAAGGAUUCAACCUUCGUAGGGACGUGUACAUUCGCUUGGCGGUGUUCCUAAAAGCGUUGCAAAAACAACCCGGUUACGAACGGAGUCGCCUGGUCCUGCCACCGUGGUCCGAGUUGUUCCACUGGCGCUCCAGCUAUCUGAACCAGAUGCACCUACCGUGGGGUCACUUCUUCGAUCUGGAAUCGAUGCGAACCUAUGCCGAUGUCCUCGAGACGUGGGAGUUUUUCGAUGAGUUUAGGAAGCUGUCCAAAGCAACCGGUGGGAAUACGGUGGUGCUCGAUGAGUAUUACCGUCUGAGCCACUUCGACGAUAUGUUCGAGAAUGGAGUAUUCGUGGAUAAGUUCGAGCAGACGGUGUGUAAAAAGGAAACGGACCCGAAUAUGCUCGGUACGUCCGCAGUUAUGGGCUACACGAACAUCACCAUAGAUGAAAGGAUAUGUGUGAAAUUCCAAGGUUCGGCCUGGCUGCUCCAUUCCAUGUUUGAGAAACUGAAACCGAAGAGACACGAUGGUUUGCGGGUUAUUUUCUUAGCGCGGGCGGAAACUAUUUUGCACGACUACUGGGGCAAUGUGGACUAUUGGGAGGCCCGAAGGUCGAUGAGGUUCAACAGGGACCUGGUUAGGAUAGCGGAUAAGUUCCGAUUGGAUUAUUUCAAUUCGACCAAUCAUUGGGACCGGGUUCAACGGCCGGAACGUUGGACCGAUGAGGGACCCUAUCGGAAGUCGAAGGGAGGCGAUUAUCUGUGCGCUCAUAUGAGACGCGCAGAUUUCCUGUAUGGAAGGGAGAAGACCACUCCAACGUUGCACUCCGCUGCCAUGCAGAUCAAACGCAAAUUGCUCGAACUGGGUUUGCGGAAAGUGUUUGUAGCGUCGGAUUGCUCCAAGUCGGAGUAUCACGAUCUGAAAAACUAUUUGAAACGAUUCAAGGUCGUUCGUUAUAGCCCGGAGGGCAGAGAAGAAAUGGCUAGACUGAAGGAUGGCGGAGUGGCCAUCAUUGACCAAAUAAUUUGCUCACAUGCGAGAUUCUUCAUGGGGACGUACGAAUCUACUUUCACUUAUAGAAUCUAUGAGGAGAGAGAAAUUUUGGGCUUUCCCAAGGACCUGACGUUCAAUACUUUUUGUAAAGAAGAGGAGGUUGGAAACUGCGAGAAGAAUGCAAUUUGGCCGAUUCAAUAUGCGUGAUAUUAAGCGUACCGGACUAUAGUUCCAUCAAUUUUUGAAUUGAACGUAAGUUUCCUGCAGAAAAGUAAUUUCCUUUGAAGAGUGAAAAUCAAAGCUGUACUAAACUAAGAUUAAAAAUUGUGAUGCCAUUUAGAUACAUAGAAAUUAGCAAUAUUAUAAAAAACGCCGAAAAAGGAUCAACUACUUAGAUAAGAAUCCGCUGUCCUCAUUUUAAGACUGUAGAUCUACUCUGGUAAGAAUACUUGUAAUACUCAAAAAUUAUCAAAAUGUACCUACUAAAAACUACAAUUUUCCCAGCGACCAAA